AUGUAUAUAGCGCUUACCUCAACUCCACCAGAGAUGAAUGCCAACAGCAUGCCUAAGCAAGUGGAGGUGAGGAUGCACGAGAGUCACCUGGAGCCCAUUGAGGCCAGGCCCCAAUCCAAAUGUGCCCAAAUCUGCUCCAAGUUGUUCAAGAACCUGCUGCUCACGCUCACUGUGCUUGGUGUGAUCCUGGGAGCUGUAGCGGGCAUGUUACUUCGCGUGGCCUCCCCCAUCCACCCGGACAUCGUCAUGGUGAUUGCAUUCCCUGGAGACAUCUUGAUGAGGAUGCUGAAGAUGUUGAUCCUGCCACUCAUUAUCUCCAGUUUAAUCACAGGUCUGGCUGGUUUGGAUGCCAAAUCUAGUGGUCGCCUGGGCACCAGAGCUAUGGUCUACUACAUGUCCACCACUAUUAUUGCUGCUAUCCUGGGAGUCAUCCUGGUGUUAGUCAUCCACCCUGGCAACCCCAAACUGAAAGAGAAUCUAGGGGAGGGUGAGAAAAACGAUGAUGUCUCCAGCUUGGAUGCAUUCUUUGACCUGAUCCGGAACUUAUUCCCAGAGAACCUGGUGCAGGCUUGUUUCCAGCAGAUCCAGACUGUUACAAAGAAGGUAGAGGUGGCGAUUGAAGAAGAUGUCAAUGCAACUACCAUGGAGGGCCUGGUGGCUAACAUCACUAAGGAGCCACAGUUCAUCGUCAAAAAGUCCCUUCAGUUCAAAAGUGGCAUGAAUGUCCUGGGUCUGAUUGGUUUCUUUAUUGCAUUUGGCAUAUGCAUGGGCAAGAUGGGAGAGAAAGCCAGGCUAAUGAUUGAAUUCUUCAACAUACUCAACGAGAUUGUGAUGAAGCUUGUCAUCCUGAUCAUGUGGUACUCUCCCUUCGGUAUUGCUUGUCUGAUCUGUGGUAAGAUAAUCUCCAUCAAGGAUCUGGAGGUGGUGGGCAGGCAGCUUGGAAUGUACAUGGUGACUGUGAUUAUUGGCUUGAUCAUCCACGGGGCAAUCUUCCUGCCCAGCAUCUACUUCGUCAUGGUUAGGAAAAACCCUUUCACCUUCUUUUUGGGCAUCUUCCAAGCCUGGAUCACUGCUCUGGGGACAGCCUCCAGUGCUGGUACACUGCCUGUCACCUUCCGUUGCUUGGAGGAGAACCUGGGCAUUGACAAGAGAGUCACUCGUUUCGUGCUCCCAGUCGGUGCCACCAUCAACAUGGAUGGAACUGCUCUGUAUGAAGCUGUUGCUGCCAUCUUUAUUGCCCAAAUGAAUGGCAUUAACUUGGACCCUGGUCAGAUUGUCACGGUCAGUCUGACAGCCACCCUGGCCAGCGUCGGAGCCGCCAGCAUUCCCAGUGCCGGUCUGGUGACCAUGCUGCUGAUCCUGACUGCUGUAGGCCUGCCAACCCAGGACAUCAGUCUGCUAGUCGCUGUUGACUGGCUGCUGGACCGAUUCAGAACCUCAGUGAAUGUGGUGGGUGACUCCUACGGUGCAGGCAUCGUGUACCACAUGUCCAAGGCAGAGCUGGAGGAGUUGGAUGCUCACGCGAAAUCUGACGACAUUGAAAUGAUGACAAAGAACCAGUCUUAUUACGAUGACAUGAAGAACCACCACGAAAACAAUUCCAACCAGUGCGUCUUAACCGCUACCGCUUCCAACGGUGCUAACAAUUCAGUCAUAGUAGAUGAAUGCAAGGUAACCUCGGCCACAAACGGCUCUGCUGCGGAGUGCACGCUUGUUGAAGAGGAACCAUGGAAACAUGAAUAA